UAAUGACAAUGCUAAUCCUACAAUUUCUCGAAGAAUCCAGUGACGAGAUUGUUGGCCCACUCCAAUGAACUCUUGAAGAAGAAGAAAAGAACAACUUAGAUCAUAUGUGCAGUUUCAUCAGCCUUACUAAGAUGCUGUCAGCUCGGUGGAUGUUACACUUGGAACAAAGCCCCAAGUGCAGGACAAGAGCAAUCAUGGUGGUGGUGCAGUCUUCGUGCUCAAGAAUUCAUUUCAUUCGGUGCUCAAGUUGGUGCCACUUCAGACCUUCUCUAUCCAUAUCCGAUACCAUUAACUCAUGGGAAGAAGGAAAAAAGGUAGAUCUUGAAAGGAGUCCCGUGGGAUGGGGUGAGACGGAUCUCGCGGUUCCAUCUUCAUCAUGGAUUCUGAUUCUGAAAGUAAUAAGUUGAUGUGUGCAAUCUUUCUCUUGGGUGGGUAAUGUUCUUUUCCUGCUUGGGGUUGACUCUCUUUGGUUAAAGGUCAACAACUUGCUAGUGGAGGGUUUGUGGUGGAAUGCAAAAGACAAUGUCACGUUCUCUACCAAAUUUCACUGUACCAUUGUUGUCUUACCUGAAACCCCACCAGAAGCAGACACCUUUCUGUAUGUGAUCAUUAUUCACACACCUGGAUUUCAUGGUGAAGAACUUGGAGAUUCCUUGCCAUAUAUAAUCCCGCAGCCGGGCAUGGCAAGAUUUGGUGAUCGGAGAACAGCAUACAUUGCAGACUAAAGCAUGCGGAGGAUGACAGUGCAACAAUCGACGGAGCAUCUCAGUGCGCCUUUUUGGACGUAGCUGAAUAAAAGUAUGGGUGUGCGUCCACCGUCGACCGCUACCUCUUGCAUGGGAAUCGUAACCUUCGUCACAGCCGUGUGAUCGGAGGAGGACGACCGGGAGGCAACGCUGGAGUGAACUCGGGUCGUCGCUUCGCAGUGACCUCUGACAUAUCAUCUCCGACUCACGGGUCAGUCUUUCAAGUGCUUUUAAUCCAUCCCUGCUUUGGGUUCUGCAUUCUGUGUCGGUAUUCUUCUUCGUUUAUUAUUUUAAGCCUGUUAUUUGUACUGCAUCAUCAACACAAGAUUAAUGGUAGGUCAUGAGGUAGAUGAAGCCAGCGUCAGGUAGUGGAGUCCACCGGUCAUGGAGGACUCUGUGCAUCUGGGUGUCUCUUCAAUGCCAAGGACUAAAUCUAACAGAGCAUGCAGUGCUGUUGCAGUGCAGAGGCAGCAUCACUGCAUCAUCAGCCUCGCUGCAACGACAACUACAAAAGGGAGUUGAUCUCAUCUCCAGCUCAAAGAAUGACUCCAAGUCCCCACUCCACUACAAGCCUUGGCAGCAGAAGACAACUCUGUCUCAGACCCAAAGAGUGGGAAGAAGAAACCAUGGCUUCCUCCUCCGCAGCUCACCAAACUCUCCUCCUGACUCUCUUUCUCUCCUUUGUCAGUGCCCUCAGCUCUUCCUCUGAAACAGACCUCCUCCUCACCUUCAAGUCCUCCAUGGAGGACCCUACCUUGGCUCUAUCCGACUGGUCCCCGAACUCCACGAACCACUGCAACUGGACUGGCAUCACUUGCUCCAAGACCACUUCUCUGGUCACCUCUGUGGAUCUUCACGGCCUCAACCUCACCGGUGACAUCUCUCCUUCCAUCUGCCAACUCCGUCAGCUCUCCGACCUCAACCUUGCCAACAACUUCUUCAACGAGGCCAUCUCUCUCCGGCUCUCCGAGUGCACCAGACUGGUCACUCUCAAUCUCAGCAACAAUCUGCUUUGGGGAACAUUUCCUGACCAAAUAGUUCUGCUCUCCAGUCUAUCUACGCUCGAUCUCAGUAGGAACCGCAUUGAAGGCCAAAUACCCGUCCGCUUGGGUUCCUUGGAGCGGCUCCAAGUUCUCAACUUGGGAAGUAACUUGUUCUCAGGUAUCAUCCGUCCCCCUGUUUUCAGAAACUUGAGCGAGCUAGUCCUUCUUGACUUGUCGCAGAAUCCAUCUUUGGCAUCUGAACUGCCUCGAGAAAUUGGGGGGCUGGCUAAAUUGAGAUGGCUUAAGAUGCAAAGAUCUGGUCUUUAUGGUGCGAUUCCUGAAUCCUUCAUUGGUUUGCAUGAGCUGGAGGUUUUAGACCUUUCCCAGAAUAAUUUGACAGGAAAAAUCCCUUUGGGGUUCGGGUUGGGUUUUCUGAAUCUGACUGCUCUGGAUUUCUCACAGAAUAUGCUUUCUGGAUCAUUUCCAGCUGAUGUUUGCUACGGGAAAUCUCUCAAACAACUCAGUCUUCUUGAGAACUCCUUCACUGGUCCAAUACCUUACAGCAUUGAGAAAUGCCUGAGCCUCGAGAGGUUUCAAGUGCAGGACAAUGGCUUUUCUGGAGAACUUCCAUCUGGUUUGUGGUCACUGCCAGAGUUGAAGCUUGUCCGAGCUGAAAACAACCAGUUCUCAGGUGAGAUGCCCGAUUUGGCUGGAGUUCUUUCUCAUCUGGAGCAAGUUCAGAUUGAUAACAAUAGCUUCACGGGGAGAAUUCCUGGAGGUCUUGGAAUGAUUCGCACCAUGUACAGGUUUUCAGCUUCGCUUAAUGGUUUCUCCGGUGAUCUCCCUGCUGAUAUUUUUGAUUCACCGGUCUUGAGUAUCAUAAAUUUGUCCCACAACUCGCUCACAGGGUCAAUUCCAGAGCUCAGGAGCUGCAGAAAGUUGGUCUCGUUAUCCUUAGCAGACAAUAGUUUGACCGGAAACAUCCCACCUUCUCUUGGACACCUACCAGUGUUGACAUACAUUGACAUUUCCAGCAAUAGACUCAGCGGUGAGAUCCCACCAGAGCUCCAAAACCUGAAACUUGCACUGUUCAAUGUUUCCUUCAACCAGCUAUCAGGAGGUGUUCCAACUUCUCUGGUUUCUGAUCUUCCAGCUUCAUUCUUACAGGGAAAUCCCGAUUUGUGUGGCCCUGGGUUGCCAAACCCAUGCAAUGGGCCACUAAAAAGACGAAACUCUAAGACCAUUGGAUUGUUCUGGGCGGCAAUUGUGGUAUCCAUUGCUGUUGGUUUCACAGUCUUAAUUGUGGGGCUUUAUGUGGUGUGUAGGAUAUUACGAGGCAAGCCCAGAUCUGGAACAUGGAAAUCGGUAUUCUUUUACCCUCUCGGGAUUACAGAAGAGGAGCUGCUUAUGGCUUUAGUUGAGAAAAAUGUGAUCGGUGAAGGUGCUUUUGGCAAAGUUCACAUCCUUCAGCUACCUGGGGGAGAAUUUGUUGCCGUUAAGAGGCUACUAAACUCCAGUAACUUGUCUUUCAGAAUAGUGAAGGCUGAGAUCAAGACAAUGGCCAAGGCCAGGCACAGGAAUGUCGCCAAGUUGUUGGGCUUUUGUUACUCCAAAGGCACAAUUCUUCUUAUUUUUGAGUACCUGAAAAAGGGUAGCUUAGGAGAUGCCCUUCAUAAACCAGGCUUUUCGCUAGAGUGGAGUUUUCGCCUCAAACUGGCUAUUGGAUCCGCACAUGGCUUACUGUACCUUCACAAAGAUUAUGUCUCACAGAUACUUCACCGGAACAUGAAAUCUAAUAAUAUCCUUAUUGGUGAUGGUUUUGAGCCAAAGAUAACUGACUUUGGCCUUGAUCGUAUAAUCGGGGAGAUCUCAUACAGGUCAUCGGUAGCUUCUGAGUUGGGUAGCUAUUGCUAUAUGCCUCCAGAGUAUGGCUGCAGUAAGAAACCAACAGAACAAAUGGACAUAUACAGCUUCGGCGUGGUGUUACUGGAACUUGUUACCGGAAGGCCAGCUGAGCAGCCAGAAGUUAGGGAGUCCCUCGAUGUCGUCAAGUUUGUAAGAAGGAAGGUGAACAUGACAAAUGGAGCUCUCCAAGUAUUAGAUCCCAAGAUCUCCAGUUCAGCACAGCAAGAGAUGUUGGAGGUACUCGAACUUGCUCUUCGAUGCACUUCUAUAUUGCCUGAGAAGCGACCAGCAAUCGUCGAGGUUGUCCGAUCCUUGCAGUCGCUUGAGCCAAUCGCCCACCCUCCAAUGUUUUCCAGUGAGUUGCCUUCUGCUGAAUAAUGUACAAAAAGAAUCAUCUGCCGUUGCUAGUGUUCUAAUAUGCAGGAGUGCAAGAAGGAAUAGAGGUUUCGUAUAGCAGAACUUACGUUGCUUUUGCUGCUGCUUUUCCCUGAUGGCUUGUACAGUGAAAAUUAGUAAUUUGGAGUGGUAUUUCCAUUAAUUGUUAUCAGCCACGCAGAUUUACUGCUUUGUGUUUAGUUUUAUUUUGGUCAUUACAAUUGACUCUUAAACGACAACGAUCUGCAAACUCUCCAGGAAAAAUCCUAUACUUCUGUUA